CCGGACAACAGACAUGGGUUAUGACCCGACACUUACACAGAAGAGGAUUGGCCAUCAGCUCACCAUUUAAUCCCAUAUCCAGAGAGGAGCGCCAGUUUUCCAUACAGACUGUGUGCUUCCUGACACAGCCGACUGUAACGGAGGAAACUCUACAGUGCUGAUCUGAUCCAGAAAAGCAGAAGCGUUUGAAGAUGGCUAGCUCAUUCACCAAGAUGAUGUCGGGCCGCACCGCCGGUUUACUCGUGGCAGGUUUGGGAGCCGGAGCCGCGGCCACCGGUUACUUAAUAAGCGACAGUGCUGCCCUUAAUGCAGAACAGAGGAGGAAACUUUACCCUCCAAGUGCCGAUUUCCCCGACCUUCGCAAGCACAACAACUGUAUGGCCAGUGCGUUGACUCCUGCCAUCUACGCCAAGCUGAGGGACAAGGUCACCCCAAACAACUGGACUCUUGACCAGUGUAUCCAAACUGGUGUGGACAACCCUGGACAUCCCUUCAUCAAGACAGUGGGGAUGGUUGCUGGUGAUGAGGAGAGUUAUGAGGUAUUUGCUGACAUCUUUGAUCCGGUAAUCAAGGACAGACACAACGGCUAUGACCCGAGGAUCAUGAAGCAUCCCACUGACCUGGACUCCUCCAAGCUCACGUCAGGCAUGUUCGACGAGAAAUACGUCCUGUCGUCCCGCGUGCGCACGGGCCGUAGCAUUCGCGGCCUCAGCCUCCCACCCGCCUGCAGCCGCUCGGAGCGUCGUGAGGUGGAGAGGGUGACGGUCCAGGCCCUGGCGGGUCUGAAGGGAGAUCUGGCUGGCCGUUACUACAGCCUCACCGAUAUGACUGAUGAAGAACAGCAGAGGCUCAUCGAUGAUCACUUUCUGUUUGACAAACCUGUGUCUCCCUUGUUGACGUGUGCAUUUAUGGCCCGUGACUGGCCAGAUGCAAGAGGCAUUUGGCACAACAACGAUAAGACCUUCUUGAUAUGGAUCAAUGAAGAAGAUCACACCCGUGUCAUCUCCAUGGAGAAGGGCGGCAAUAUGAAGAGGGUCUUUGAGAGAUUCUGCAGAGGACUCAAACAGGUGGAGCACCUGAUCCAGGAGAGAGGCUGGGAGUUCAUGUGGAACGAACAUCUUGGCUACAUCCUCACCUGCCCAUCCAACCUGGGCACUGGACUCCGAGCCGGAGUACACGUCCGCUUGCCAAAGCUUAGCAAGGAUCCUCGCUUUGGUAAGAUCCUGGAUAACCUGCGACUGCAAAAGCGUGGAACUGGCGGCGUGGACACUGCUGCUGUGGGCGACACCUUUGACAUCUCAAACCUUGACCGCUUGGGAAAAUCGGAGGUGGAGUUGGUACAGCUGGUCGUUGAUGGCGUCAACUAUCUUGUCGAGUGUGAGAAGAAAUUGGAAAAGGGUCAGGAUAUCAAAGUCCCUGCGCCCAUCCAACAGUUCAGGAAAUGAGCACUGCUUCUGUGAUAAAGGCUGGAUCCAAUACAGCAGAGAGACUUGUGGACGCUCCUUCCUCCAAUCCCCAAACAGAAGGUCUUAUGUAUACACAAAGCUUAAUAAAAUAAAGUCGAAAACUACAA